AUAGGGAAGAGAUUCUCCUGUCCUGAGUGCGGGAAGGGUUUCCAUUGUAAAUCAUGGUGUCUUAAUGUGCAUAAAAAGAUCUCACACAGGGAGAAACCUUAUUCCUGUACUGAGUGCGGGAAAUGUUUUUCUGUGACAGUCCAGUCUUUACAGACAUCAGAGAUCUCACACGGGAGAGAAGCCAUAUUUCCUGUCCUGAUGUGGGAAAUGUUUUUCAGAAAAAAAAGUCACAUUUUUACAGACAUCAAAGGUCUCACUACGGGGAGAAAAGCCAUAUUCCUGUCUUGA